AUGGAUGUGAGGGUGAUCCACUGCCUGCUCCUUUGGGCUGCACACUUCUUCCUGGCCAUGUCACACAGCACUCCCAGGGUUCUCAGUAACAAAUCAAAGACUGGUGAUGAGCAAGAUGCCUGUAUAAAUCUCAUUCCCUGCCAAGAUAAUGGAGCAAUUUGUAUUCAGCCUUGCUCUCCCUCCUUCCACGGGGAGACAAGUUUUGUCUGUGAAGACAGAAAGUGGCAGCUGUUGUCAGAUGCUUGUGCAAGCCUGGAUGUUCAGUCCCUUUUUCAGAGGAUAUCCCAAAGUGAACUCCUCCCAUGCUCUGCAGGACAUGGUGCUGGAGCACAUCUUCCUUUUGGAGGAGGAAAGCUAGGGCAUGGGAAGCCUGGAGAAGGAGCAAAGCAUUUUGGUGCUGGGAAUCAGAGCUGCCAAGCUGAUUUUUCUUGCAUCAUCCCAGAUAUCCUGUCUUCACCAGCCAUCCCAGGAAACAUUGCUGAUAUAGUGGAAUUGCUAAAGAUGAUUUCCCUGCUGCUAUCAGAGAAUGUCACUAGAGGAAAAAUGCAGAGCUACAGCAGGAUAGCAAACCAUAUUCUGAACAGCUCCGUCAUUUCCAACUGGGCUUUUGUAAAGGACAGAAAUGCUGGCUCAAUAUUACUGGACUCAGUGAAUUUAUUUGCUGGGAAACUUCUUCUAAGGAAUGAGUCAGAAAGUAUCCAGGAGCCCUUCAUCGCUACCAAAGGCUACAGCAUACACAGAAACGCUUCUGGAAGGAGCUUCGACUUUUCCAUGGAGUUCAACAGCACAGGCAACAUCACUGGGAACGUGGUGAUUCCAGAAGAAGAGCUUCUGAGGUUACCCAGGGCUUCCAAAGCCAUCAGCGUUGCAUUUCCAACGCUCGGAGCCAUCCUAGAGACCAACCAGCUGGACCCUGCUUUUGUGAACGGGAUGGUGCUGUCGGUGUUGCUGCCAGAGGAGCUCCAGAACGUUUUGCUCACCUUUGAGAAGCUGAACAAGCUGGAGCAGGUGGGGGCUCAGUGCGUGGGGUGGCACUCGGCCGAGCGGCGCUGGGAUCCCAGGGCGUGCCGGCUGCGCGCGCACAGCGUCACCGUCGUGGUUUGCGUCUGCGCCCACCAGCGCCGCACCUACAGGUCCUUCUCCAUCCUGAUGGCCCCGGCCGCGCCACGGAGCUUGGUGCUGGAUUACAUCACACGGGUGGGCCUGGGCCUGUCCAUUUUCAGCCUGGUCCUCUGCCUUGUCAUCGAGGCCGUGGUCUGGCACCACGUCACAAAAACUGAAAUAACCUACAUGCGCCACUUCUGCUUGGUCAACAUCGCAGCCUCGCUUCUUGUCGCUGAUGUCCUGUUCAUCCUGGCAGCCAUUGUGCACAAUACAGCUCUAAACUACCAGCUGUGUGUGGCAGCCACUUUUUUCCUUCACUUUUUCUAUCUUGCCCUGUUUUUUUGGAUGUUUACCCUGGGCCUCUUGAUUCUCUAUGGAUUAUUGUUAAUUUUUUUUAAGGUAACAAGAUCUGUAUUCCUGGCUGCAGCAUUCUCUAUUGGAUAUGGAUGUCCCUUGGUCAUAUCUGUCCUCACUGUUGCUAUUACUGAACCAAAAAACGGGUAUUUAAGGCCUGGAGCCUGCUGGCUCAAUUGGUAUGAGACAAAAGCACUUUUGGCCUUUGUUGUACCUGCCCUGAGCAUCAUUGUAAUGAAUCUCAUUGUGGUGGUCGUGGUUGUGGUGAAGACUGGGAGAUCCUCCGUUGGAGAAGGCUGCAAGUCACAAGACUUGAGCAGCAUGAUCCGAGUCAGCAAAAACGUUGCCCUUCUGACACCUCUGCUGGGGCUCACCUGGGGGUUUGGACUGGCGACGAUCAUCGACAGCCGCUCUCUGGCCUUCCACGUCGUGUUUGCACUGCUGAACGCCUUCCAGGGAUUCUUCAUCCUGUUGUUUGGGACACUUCUGGACAGAAAGACAAGAGAAGCCUUAAGGAUUAACUGCCUUUCAUCAAGGCGUACGUGGGGUCUAGAAAAGGUAAAGUUUAUUUAUUUUCCUGUUAAUGGCUAAUUUACCAAUUUACAAACCUUAUUUGUAUGUCAGAAGCAGGGAACCAUCCACUGCAUUUUACAGCAUAUAACAUUUUUCACAUGUAAAUCCUUGCUGAAGGACAUACAGGUAUCUCAAAAGUCUGCUCAGGGUAUUAAGCUUCUAAAUAUCAGAAGUGGCAAUCGAUAGAUUUUUGUGACUCCCACAUAACCUUCUGCUGUGGUUACAAAGUCAAAAGUGGUAUUUUCAUCUAAUCUCUUCACCUGCAGAUGUCAAAGCCCUUUAGGCAGACAGUGCCAGCAACUUUUUCCCCCCAUAUGUGAAUUAGAUUUACUUUAAGGUCACUGAAUAAGGAAGGAAUGGAAUUAGGAAUCAGAAUUCCCAAUAUAAUGACCUGUUUGCUGCCUUCACAAAAACAUGGAUCUGUAUGCCAGCAGGGCUGCUUUAGGAUGUCAGAGAGUUCUUCUGCUUUCAUCUGGGGGUGGAAACCACUCAGAGCCCAGACAGUGUGUUUGGUGCUAAUUGAUGUGCACUCAUGAGAGCGUGAGGUUCUUUUAAAUAUCAGAGCAAUUCAUUAAAAGCAAUAUUUCAACCGUAAGGAAACAAACCAUGUUUUAGCAGCUUCCUGCAAAAACUUUGGCAGAAUUGUUGACAUCACUGAGUUGGUGUUUCCUACCUCUACUGCAAAAUUUCUGGCUGUUGUCCUUGGAUUUCUUUUGGUACCAAGGCUUUAGUGGUUUCACACAAUAUUUAUAAAAGGGAGUGCCCUUUAGAUGUCUCAAGAAUUACCUGCAGUGUUUUUUCUGUCUGCCAAAAGAAACUGUGUCAGUCCAGCUUGGACAUGGGAAAAAUAAUUUUUUUUCCAGUCUAUUUCUCAGUUAUGAUCCUUGUAUUGAAAGCUGUGGAGGGCUUCCAGUGACUGUGUGUUCAAAUGUAUGUGGUUUAUGAGGGGAAAAUAGAAGGAUUAAGGCAACUAUUUCUCCUCUCUGAAACCAGCAUUUGGGUCAUUUGGGGCAGAAGAGACUGUGCAACUUUGAAAUUACAAUUCUUUUAUUGAUCCAGGAAGAUCCAAUAAAGGUAUUUCACAUCUUGUCAGGCGUUAGGUCAUGGUUGAAAGUUUGAAAGUUAAAAUUCUCUCAAGACACCUUCAGUAUAAUAGUCUGGAAACAACAGAUGGAAAUGUCACUAAUCCCAUGACUCAGCAGCAUUUGAUAAAAAUAUUGAGUGAUCUCACUGGGCAAAACUUGAUGUGGAAACCAUGGCUGCGUGUGCCUUGGAAUUUGGGUCGAUGUUGUCACUCACCUGGGUGGAAGAAACCACGUGUAGGUGUUUACUGUGGCAUAACACAGGGGAAAGAUGUGAGUCAUCCACUUUUGUAAACUUGGGUGUAAACAUGGAGUUUGACUCAUUAGAGCUGGAGAAGUUUGUCACACCUGAUUGUUUAAAAAAAAAUUAAAAAAAAGUAUUGUUUCAGAGAAUUUCAGAAUCAGGAUUGUUUAGGUUGGAAAAGACCUUUCAGGUUGAGUCCCACCAAGACUUGGCUGCCAGCACUGCCAAACCCAUCACUAAACCACGUCCCCAAUGGUCACAUCUAUGUGACUUUUAAAUACCUCCAGGGACUCCACCACUGCCCUGGGCAGCCUGUUCCAAUGGUUGACAACUGUUUGGUGAAGGAAUUAUUCCUAAUAUCCAAUCCAAAUCCCCCUGGCACGAGGUGAGGCCAUUUUCUUUUGUCCUGUUGCUUGGUGCAUGAGAAGAGAGCCUGACCCUCACCUGGCUGUCCCCUCCUGUCAGGGAGUUGUGCAGAGCCAGAAGGUCCCUCCUGAGCCUCCUUUGCUCCAGGCUGAGCUUCCCCAGCUCCUCCCUCAGCUGCUCCUCAUCAGAGCUGUGCUCCAGACCCUUCCCCAGCUCCGUUCCCUUCUCUGGACACGCUCCAGCCCCUCAAUGUCCCGCCUGGAUUGAGGAGCCCAAAAUGGGACUGUGUAUCCAGAGGUUUAAUGGUCAAUGUAAAACACUGGAAGAGUUAUGCAGGCUCUUGCUUCAGGUCUCUGAGUUUCCCCAGACCUGCAGGAGCCUUUCCUGUGGGUCACAUUUUAAGGUGACCAUCUUGUGUUUGUCACAGGAUGCUGAGGCAGCUCCUGUUUGAAAUGGACCCUCCACCUCCAGAGAUGAUUCUUGUAAUCUGACCUGAUUGUUUUCCCUCCUAGUCCUAGCAGUGGACUGUUGUCUUCAGUGGAUCUGACCAGUGAGAAGAAAAGGAGCACUUCUUGCAGAGAGGUGCUGGUUUGAGGGGAGCAGAAGAGCCUGCCCAGCUCAGAGCAUGGACAGCACUGUCCUGGAGCACAACCACGGGAAGCAUCGUGAAAAGCAGAAGAGAAAAGGCCCUGAACCUGCUGUCAGGAGCAGGAAACCAUCAGUGUUGCUGCAGCCCUUGGAAGAAACAUGCUGAAACAAAAAGCUUGUUUCUCACCUUUGUGAAAACUGCUGUGAGGAGAGUUUGUCCUCAUUUCCCAUUUCAGUGCUUCAAUUUCUUUCUUAUUUUCUUUUUCCUUCCUUUUAUUUUUGUCAGUGAAGUAAGGAGCUGUACAGUAUGUGGAGCUGUUGUAAAAUUAUUUAAUUUUUCAUGUGAUGUACAAAUGUUGAGCAUUAUCUAGCUGAUUUUGGCUGUCUUUUGAGUAAAACUGAUCCUAUUUGUUGCUACUGUAUUCAUCAUUUCCAUUUGUCUUUCCAGACUGAUGGACAACUCUGCAUUGUAGCUGUUCUCUCCCUCCCAAUAUUUGUUGUCUCCCUCUCAGUUCUUGUGUGUCAGAGGAACUGUACAAAGCCCUUUUCUGAUCUGUCCAGACAGAAUUUUCAUUCUUUUUCCUGUUCUGCAAGACAAUGACAGAGAUGAACAAGAUGAACAAGAAAGAGGACACUGCAAAUUAUCAGUUUCCCCCUUUAGAUGUGGGAAAGCAAGCAGAGCUGAAUCAGAUGGAUGGACAAUUCCUGUGCAGUGUCCUAACAAAGGAGAUUGUUUCUCCAUGUCAGAUGGGGUAUCUGGUUUAAGUAGAAAAUCUGUCCUUGUUCUGAGAAGCCCUUUCUAAUGAGGGCUUUGAUAGAAGCAUUAUUGCCUCUUGUCAGGAUAAAGUCAUGGUUUCAAAUGAAAAUAAAGUUGAA